CUCAACCAAACUAAAGGUUGGGUCUGAGUUGAUCCGGCCCGCUUUCUCUCCCUCCCGCUUUCGGUGCGAGAGGUCCCAAGUUCGAUUCGAGGGGCGCCCCAUUCUUCCUUCAUUUGGAGGUGUGGAAUAAAUUUUUUAUUGCCCCAAUUGGUGUUCUCAUGUCUGGAACGUUCUAAUCUCUUCGUCUGCUUCAGUGUCAAAUGGUUAAACCCAAAACCCUCAACUGUAACUUGUCGCAAAAGAAGCAACUUUUAACUUGGAAAUUCUCUGUCUUGACGUCUACACGAAAGUGACAACCUUCAACAACCAUCUGGACCAGACACAAAUUGGGUUUUGCAACUUCCUGGUUUGCAUUGCUGAAACCAGCUACCUCUUCUUGCAGGCACUCUUGAGUUGGAAAAAUUUCCAACACCAAUAUUAAUAUAUAAAGAGAGAAAUAGGAUGGUUUUUGGGCAAGUGGUGAUUGGUCCACCUGGAUCAGGAAAGACUACUUACUGCAAUGGCAUGUCUCAGUUCCUCAAACUUAUUGGAAGAAAGGUUGCUGUAAUCAAUUUGGAUCCAGCCAAUGAUAUGUUACCUUAUGAGUGUGCUAUUAAUAUUGAGGAUCUCAUAAAACUUAGUGAUGUGAUGACAGAGCAUUCUCUGGGGCCUAAUGGAGGUCUUGUCUAUUGUAUGGAUUAUUUAGAGAAGAAUAUUGACUGGUUGCAGUCUAGACUGGAACCUCUUUUGAAAGAUCACUAUCUUCUAUUCGAUUUUCCCGGCCAGGUUGAACUAUUUUUUCUUCACUCAAAUGCCAAGAAUGUUGUCAUGAAGCUCAUUAAAAAGUUAAAUCUUAGGUUGACUGCUGUACAUUUAGUUGAUGCCCACCUCUGCAGUGACCCUGGGAAGUAUGUUAGUGCUCUGCUUCUCUCUUUAUCUACCAUGUUGCAUUUGGAGCUUCCACACAUCAAUGUCUUGUCUAAAAUUGACCUAAUUGAGAGCUAUGGAAAGCUGGCUUUCAAUCUGGAUUUCUACACAGAUGUGCAAGAUUUAUCAUAUUUGCAGCACCAUCUUGAUCAGGAUCCCCGCUCUGCUAAGUAUAGAAAACUUACAAAGGAGCUCUGCGACGUAAUCGAAGACUUUAGUAUUGUCAAUUUCACAACCUUAGAUAUUCAGGAUAAGGAGAGUGUUGGGAAUCUUGUGAAGCUUAUUGACAGGAGCAAUGGAUACAUAUUUGCUGGUAUGGAUGCCAGUGCAGUUGAAUUCAGCAAGAUUGCAGUACGACAAGUUGAUUGGGAUUAUUACAGAGCUGCAGCGGUGCAAGAGAAGUACAUGAAGGAUGAUGAAAAUUUUGAUGAUGAUGAUUGAGAGUGCUUUUUGGUGAGAGAAUGGUGUGUGCCUAAUUGCCUACGGGUCCGCUAGUUGCUUCCUUGUAUAUGCGUUCCCAAGUUUGUUCAUGUCUAUAUGUGCUUUUUAUGCAUUCAAGCUUGUUAAAUCCCUAGUUUAUAUGGCCUUUGAUUUUCUUAUUGUAGGUCUUGUGGUCUGACAAAAUUAAGAUAGUGGAUCAACAGGAUAUACAGCAAUGACAAUUACUCUCUUGUUUCUUUUUUGUC